CUCUCCCUCCCCCCUCAGUCCUCUCCCCUCUCCCCCGAUGCAGAUCCCCCUCGUCCUCCUCGUCGCCGCCACCCACCCCUCUGAACCUCACCGCCACCCACCUCUGUCGCUGACUUCACUCUCCCCUCGUCUCCCUCGUACUCGACCAACCUCGCCGCCCGUGGGGCUCUCGCAUCGCCGCCACUCCACGCCCGCGCAUGACAGAAGAGAAGCCCGAGGUCCUCCUCCGAUGCUUCUCUGCCUUACUCGCCCGCGGGGCUCUCUGCUCCACUUCGACUGGCCGGCGCAGACAGAAGAGAAGCCCUCGUCGGUCACAGGUCCUCGCCUCCGCCGUCGUAGCUCCAAACCCUCGUCGUUCGGAUCCAGCCGCCGUCGCAGCUCUGAACCCUCGUAGUCCAGAUCCAGCCGCCAUCGCAGCCAUGCCGUUCACCCUGCACCCUCGCCCUUUUAAGGGACGCAUGCACCCCUCUUCGAUUCAUGAUUCGUCCAUGGUCUCACUGAUCAGAUCUGAUUGACCGACCUCUGAUUCAUGUUGCAGGUGGCCACGGUCUCCGCCAUCGGUGUCGCGGCAUCGUCUAGGGAGCCUCGCGCGGGAGGCAGAGUGGCGAGCGCACAUCUGUGCGUCACCGGCCAUGGACCAUAAGGAUGAGCACUCCACCCACCCCGACCAGGAGGUCGAGGAGGAGGAGGAAGAGGAGGCCAAGCGCCGGAUCGGAUGGACCUGGUCGUGCCCAUACCAUACGUCCCCGACGAGAAGGGCUACGCCUUCGCGCUCAAGGACGGCAGCACCUAUAGCUUCCGCUUCUUGUUCAUCGUCUCCAACAACAUUGUGUCGGGGCUCAAGUACACCAACACCGUCUGGAAGACUGGAGUAAGAGGGCAUAGAGGUUCUGCUGGUAACAAGUUCCGAAUGUCGCCGGGUCUGCCGGUUGCAGCCACUGUCAACUGCGCUGAUAACACUAGUGCCAAGAACCUCUACAUCAUCUCUGUGAAGGUAAUCAAGGGGCGCCUGAACAGGCUCCCUUCUGCCUGCGUUGAUGACAUGGUUAUGGCCACUGUCAAGAAGGGCAAGCCAGACCUGAGGAAGAAAGUCAUGCCGGCUAUCAUUGUGAGACAGUGUAAGCCAUGUCACCAUAAGAAAGUUGGCGAUGAAGCAACUGUGCAUCUCGUCCCAGGAGGAGAUCGAGCCGGGAGGCAGCUUCAGGAGCCAUGAUCGGGUACCGUCCUUGAGUGCCAUGGGAAACCAAUUCGCCAUGACUUUCUCGUCGCCGUUGGCCGCCUCGAUGCUCAGCUCGUAGAGAUGCAAGUACUCCGCAGGGUCCUCGGUGCCGUCAUAGCGAGGAGGCAGGUCCGACUUGAACUUGACUGUCCAGGCGACGAUACGCAGCUCGGGGGUGAAGGCGCGGCAGCCUAUUGUGGUCACCGGGUGCCUUUGCUGACACAGAGCUUGCUCCUGAUGGUACCCGCGCACCACUGCCAUAUGCAGUACGCGGUCUUGUCGCAUCGGUGCAGGGAGCACGGGGGCGCCUUCUUGAGGCUGAGGGAUUUCUUGACAGCUUCUUUCUUCUCGCGCGGGCACCGGACACGGUGGGUCACGCCCAGGGGUCGCGCGCCUUGGCGCCCUGGUGCCGUCUUGGGGCAGAGGUGGUGGAGGUGCUCCAUGAGCCACGUCGCCCGUACCUGGCGGAGGGCGAGGCAACAAGAGGGACGGCGUGGGAGAGCCCCCUGUGGCACUGACGAGCUCAGUGAUGUGAGCAAGCCAUUCCUCGUAGAGGUCAUCGACAGGGCGGAAAUGCAGGAGCUCGUGCGCCAUAAGCAGUAGGGUCUGCGCGUCGGUGGGGGCGCGCCGAGCAUGGGACGAUGAGCCGGCUGGGGACAACGAUGGAGUGGCGGUGCCGCCGUCCCACUGCACCGAGGGGUGCAGCGAGGAUGCUUCAUCCUUGUUCCCCGCCGGUCCGGUGGCGGCAUUGGCGGCAGGCGACGGAGAAUGACGGGGAGGUUCGCCGACAGGAGCCGUUUGGGUGACGCAUGCGGUGAGAGUGGCCCGGUGCUCCGUGCGGGCUUGGCGGGCGUCAGACAUGGAUGCGACGAAGCGAUGGGACGCGGAUCAGCGGAAGGAAGACUUCGGCGCACCCCUACCUGGCACGCCAAAUGUCGGAUUUAGGGUUCCGGCAAAACCCUUAAGGUUCGAACACUAGGGUGCGCACGAAGAUUUCCCCCUACUGAAUAUCGCCCUCAGCCUCUCUACGAUCUCUAAGCUUAACUCGAUGAACUCACAACACAAGAGACACAAGAUUUAUACUGGUUCGGGCCACCAUUGUGGUGUAAUACCCUACUCUAGUGUGGUGGUGGUGGAUUGCCUCUU